AUGAACAUUGCUGAUAUUUGUGAUAAUGCCAAGAAGGCGCGUGAAUAUGCACUUCUGGGUAACUAUGACUCCUCCAUGGUGUAUUAUCAAGGGGUUUAUCAGCAGAUCCAUAAGCAUUGUCAAUCACUCAAAGAUCCUGCUCUCAAAGUCAAAUGGCAACAGGUGAGGCAAGAACUAGCUGAGGAGUAUGAACAAGUCAAAAGCAUCGUGGGAACUCUUGAGAGCUUUAAGUCGGACAGGCCAAUUUACAUCCCCACCUCAGAGGAGCGACCUGAGGAUCCAGCAGUGUGGCCUCCUCCCACUCCAGCAGAGCACAAGUAG